GAUGUCCCCACUGUAACUGAGUCAAAUGCUUCCAAACAAGAGCAGGUGAGAAAGAAGAAUGAAACAAAAAUAUCUGAAUAGGUUUAAAUUCCAACGUCUGUUUCUGUUGGAAUUCAUGUGUGUCCUAAAAUAACUUUGUGUUUCUAGUUUUUUUUGGUCAGGUAGUACAUGUGAGCAGGCUGUGCAGCUGAAAUCCACAGCUGUGUAAGUUAUAAGUGAAAAAUAAGUUACUUCCUUUUCUUUGGUUUUGGUUAUAGUCUCAAGACAAUUUGCGGUUUCUUUUGACUCCACCCCCUGAAGAUUGGACCAAUUAAAUUUAUUCUACAGUUUUCAUGCUGACGGUUUUUCUAAUGCUAAAUUAAUUAAGGAUACAAACCAACCUGAACCUCAUUCUGGAUUUAUAAAAUAAUUCAUAGGGAUAGAAACAAACUCGUGCUGGAAUAAUGUUUCUUGUGCGUUUAUCCUCGCAGUCCUGUCACAAUCGUCAAAUAAGUUACAAGUUUAAUUAUUUUCCAUCCAAAUGUAGGCCUAUUGUACUGGUGCCUAUAUAGAAAAACUAUGUUGCAGAAUCAUUAACCCACGCAAUGACAGGCUAACAGACAGACAUAGGAGAAUAGCUUGUUCUCAACAUAAUAAAAUGAAAUAAAUCAAUGCAUAUCAACAAUAAAUCAACAGACCAGCUUUGAUACCCCUCCUCUACCUCUCUCUACUCUCUUAUUUGUAACCACCCACUUGAACCGGAACCUUUUCUCGAGAGGCCUCCCUGUCGGUCUAUUGCUCUGACAUCCAGCCACAGCACAGACCAACACGCACAGCUGUGCGCCCGUCGCCGCUCAUCUGUGCCUGGAGCAGGAUGUGACUCGUUCUGCGAUGCCUGGGACAGCGGUGACAUACAUCGGCUGUUACCGGUAGAUGUGACAUAUCCACCCUCUGAGACCGCCUCCAUCCUCUCCGUGGACACCGAGGAUUGACAGGAUCCAUGGGCGCUGCUACGGAUGCACCUUGUGCGCUCUGGUGAUCUAGCCCAUAGCGCCCGGCUCGGUGGGGUUGGCGACCCAUCGUUUCAAGCUCCUGUUUCAGCGCGAUAAAGGGGGAUAAAGAUGGGGAGCACGACCUCUUGCUGCGUAUCUUCCAGCCCCAAGCUCCGCAGAAAUGCCCACUCCAGGCUGGAGUCGUACCAGCAGGACUCAGAGCUGAGCAGGGAGGAGACGGGGUGCAACCUGCAGCACAUCAGCGACAGGGAAAACGUCGACGAGCUGAACAUGGAGUACAAUCCAUCAGACCAUCCACGAGCCAGCACUUUAUUCCUCAGCAAAUCACAGACUGACGUGCGAGAAAAACGAAAGAGCCUCUUCAUCAAUAAUCAUAGAACGCUGAGGCGGAAGUACAGCUCCUGCUCUACCAUCUUCCUCGAUGACAACACAGUCAGCCAGCCCAACCUCAAAUACACCAUCAAAUGUGUAGCACUGGCGAUUUACUACCAUAUAAAAAACAGGGACAGAGAUGGAGGAAUGCUGUUAGAUAUAUUUGAUGAGAAGCUUCACCCUCUCUCUAAAUCUCAAGUCCCUCUGGACUAUGACAAACGCGACCCAGAGCAAAAGCAGAUCUACCGGUUCGUCAGGACGUUGUUCAGUGCUGCUCAGCUCACUGCUGAGUGUGCAAUUGUCACACUGGUCUACCUAGAGAGGCUCCUGACCUAUGCAGAGAUUGUCAUCUGUCCGGGGAACUGGAAGAGGAUUGUUCUGGGUGCUAUUCUGUUGGCCUCCAAGGUCUGGGAUGACCAGGCUGUUUGGAACGUCGACUACUGCCAGAUCCUCAAGGACAUCACAGUGGACGAUAUGAAUGAGUUGGAGCGCCAGUUCCUGGAGCUGCUACAGUUCAACAUCAACGUCCCGUCCAGUGUCUAUGCCAAGUAUUACUUUGACCUGCGGUCACUCUCAGAGUCCAACAACCUCAGCUUCCCCCUGGAGCCGCUCAGCAGGGACAAAGCCCAAAAACUAGAGGCUAUUUCCAGGCUAUGUGAUGACAAGUACAAAGACAUAAGGAGAGCUGCGAGGCGUCGCUCAGCCAGCGUGGACAAUCUCUGUGGAAUCAGAUGGGUUCCUGCGAUUCUCCCCUAACCAGUAAUAAACUGCUGUACACUGACCACUGGCAUCAGGCUACGGACAUGACCCAGCUGAAUAAAAAAACCUCUACAAACACAGCCCAGUGCAAACACACCACUUUGUGCUGAAUUGAAGAGCUGCAGUUUGGAUGCCCAGCGGCACAGCGAGGUGAACUCCCGAGAGGUUUCCGAUGUAAGCUGAUGCCUCCACAGUGCCUCGAUUCUUAUGUUCACGAAAGAAGAAGUUUCUGUUUGUUAUUUCAUCUGUGGAGGAGGAGACAGCCUUGAAACUUCAGGUGGCAGUGUGAACCUGUCUUCAAGGAAACACUUUAUGUUUAGUGUUUCUGGUUUUGUCCUGACUGAUCUGGUUUCAGGGUGUCUGCUCUGGUGAUCUGACACAACCUGCCUUUCAGAUGGCCACGGACGUCACAGUGAAGCAUAUGAUGAUGAUGAUUAUUACUGCACUGUAUCAUUUGAACUUUUUAAUCGGUUGUAGCAGCCUGAUCCUUAACUGCAGAAUUUAAAAAACAGAAUUUCACACUGGAAUUUCUACUGGUUAUUUAUUUUCUCUGACAGGCCUUAGAAUAAUAAAAUUGUUAGCAAGUUUUCUCUUCUGGAAAUCUUUACAUUCAAGGGUUACAGUAUUUCUAGUAUACCUCUCGAUAUUCAGGUAGUCUGUUUAAUCUCCUGAUUAAUUAUGAUGCGCCUCAUAUGAGUCAUACUGAAGGAAGAAACACACAUUACAGGUGUAAGGGAGCGGAAUUAAAAACCAAAUUGUGACAACAUUCCCACCAUUAUUAUAUGCGUUUAGUAUAGUCCUAUUUUGGGGACAUGCACAAUCAAUCACACUGUAUAACAUGAGAAGUGUUUUCCUGAAGAUCUGAUUCACUGUUGCAUCAGAUUUAGGUUUUUUUCUUAACAU